AUGGACGAAGGCACCGGCCCUUCAACCCUCACCCCCGAAACGGCCCCCCGCCGCUCCCUCUCCCGCCGUCUUCGCUCCCUCCGCCGCGCCUUCACAACCCGCCAAGGCCUCCUCGGCGACUACGACUAUGGCUUCCUCUUCCGGCCCAAUAUCCCCUUUCUACCAAAACCUCAAGGAUCAGCAAGGAGAAAAUCCCCCUUCUUCGGCCUCAAUGACCGCAUGCCCGUGUUUCUCGGCCUGUUGCUGGGACUGCAGCAUGCGCUGGCCAUGUUGGCCGGCAUCAUCACGCCGCCGUUGAUUCUCGCGGGAUCGGGCGGCGUCAAUCUGCCCGUCGAGCAGCAGCAGUAUCUCGUUUCGACGGCGUUGAUCGUGUCGGGCAUUUUGUCGAGUAUACAGAUUACACGAUUCCACAUCUAUAAGACUCCUUAUUACAUCGGAACGGGCCUCAUUUCCGUCGUUGGCAUCAGCUUCAGCAUCAUCCCCGUCGCCCAAGGCGCCAUCUCCCAAAUGUACGCCAACGGCUUCUGUCCUUCUGACGCCGCCGGCAACCCUCUGCCCUGUCCUCGAGGAUACGGCGCUCUGCUGGGAACCUGUGCAGUCUGCGCCCUGCUCGAAAUCCUGCUGUCCUUCAUCCCGCCUCGAAUCCUGCUCCGCAUGUUCCCUCCCAUCGUUACGGGCCCGACCGUCAUGCUCAUCGGCAUCAAUCUCAUCGAGAGCGGUUUCCAGGACUGGAUGGGAGGAAGCGGCUGUACCACCCAGAGCCUGUGUCCCAGCCCCGGAGCACCACACGCCCUGCCCUGGGGCUCGGCCGAGUUUCUUGGCCUGGGCUUCAGCGUCUUCGUCACAAUCAUCCUGUGUGAGCGCUUCGGCUCGCCCAUCAUGAAGUCCACCUCUGUAAUCAUCGGCCUGCUGGUGGGCUGCAUCAUCGCCGCGGCCUGCGGCUACUUUGACCGAUCCGGCAUCGACUCUGCCCCCGUCGCCUCCUUCAUCUGGGUACACACCUUCCCCCUGACCGUCUACGGCCCGUUGGUGCUGCCCGUCCUGGCCGUCUUCAUCGUGUGCCUGACCGAGUCCAUCGGCGACAUCACCGCCACCUGCGACGUCUCCCACCUCGAAGUCGACGGCAUCAUAUUCGAGUCCCGCGUCCAGGGAGGCGUCCUGGCCGAUGGCCUCAACGGCUGUCUCGCCGCCCUCAUGACCAUAACGCCCAUGAGCACCUUUGCGCAGAACAACGGCGUCAUCGCCCUCACCCGCUGCGCCAACCGCAGAGCCGGCUAUGCCUGCUGCUUCUUCCUCCUCGUCAUGGGCAUCUUUGCAAAGUUCGCCGCUGCCCUCGUCGCCAUCCCCUCAUCCGUCCUGGGCGGCAUGACCACGUUCCUCUUUUGCUCAGUGGCCGUCUCUGGCAUCGCAAUCGUAUCGCGAGGCGUGCCCUUUACUCGCCGGAACCGCUUCAUCCUCACCGCCGGUCUGGCCCUCGGUUACGGCGCAACCUUGGUGCCGACGUAUUUCAGCCACGUCUUUACUUAUUCGGGCGGAAACAAGUCGCUCCAGGGCUUUCUCGAUGCCAUUGUUCUCGUGAUGGAGACUGGCUUUGCCGUUACGGCUGCCAUGUGCAUGAUUCUAAACUUGAUUCUCGAGGAAGAGAUGGAAGACGACAUUGAUGCGGACGGAGACGACGAUGAUAUUGGCCUUGAUGUUGUUCGCAGCACUGGCCCUUUCCCUGCUAAAAAGUAUGAGCAGAAUAAUGACAGUGAUGAGAUUCAAGACAUAGGAGAGGGCGGCUCCAGUAUUAGAGGAGGAGAGAAACAAGCCUGA